AUGAGUCAUGAGAUACCAAGUCGACCAUGGCAACGUAUAGCAGCUCAUCUUUUCGAACAUGCUGGAAGGACCUACCUGGUCACUACUGAUUACUUCAGUGAUUUCUUCGAACUGGAUUUUCUUAGAAGUACGACCUCAACGUCUGUAAUCAAGAAAUUGAAAGCUCAUUUUUCAAGGCAUGGUAUUCCUGAACAGCUAGUGACAGAUAAUGGUCCACAGUUUGUGUCAUGUGAUUUUGUCAAAUUCGCAAACAAAUGGGAUUUUGAACAUUUUACCAACAGUCCGCGCCAUAGUCAAGCCAACGGAAAAGCGGAGAGUGCUGUGAAAGAGGCUAAGAAGAUCAUAAUGAAGUGCAACAAAGCUAGCACCGACACAUUCAUAGCUUUGUUGGAUCACAGAAAUACGCCAUCUGCAGUCGUUCAGAUUAGUCUUGCAUAACGUUUCUUCAGUAGAAGAACGAGAAGUCUUUUAUCUAUGUCUGUUUAAUUGCUCAAGCCAAGUACGGCGGAUGAUAAUUUGACACGCCUCAAAUUGUGCAUGCGUCAACAACAAGAAGCAAAGUAUUAACAACGGAGGGGCGCGAGACCUUCUACCUUCAGAAGAAGCUAGGCAACUCGGUAAGAAUCAAGCGUUGGAAACUUGGAAAGAAAGAAUGGCAACUGGGAUCGGUAAGAAAACGUUUGGAUGAGAGACCCUACGAAGUGCAAACACCCUGCGGUAUUCUGCGAAAGAACAGAAUUCAUUUAAGAAAGUCCACUCCAUCCUUAAACGACAAUGAUACACCUUCUCAAAAUCCAGUGAUGAGACAGUCCGACGAACCCACUACCUCAACCACAGUGAUCGUACCUGUGGUGGAGUCGAGUUUUUCAUCAACAACCUCAACCACAAUCCUUCCAUCUCCAGCAAAUGAACAAGAAAGUACCAGUUCUAGACACACCGAAGUACAAGAUCUCAGUGUUUGCGCCGAUUACCAACGCAUUCGAAAGAUUUGUUUUGAAAUAGACUGUGAUAAGGAACAUUUGAACAUUAGGACAUGUUUAGAUUUGAAAACUGGACAGUCUGGACUAGAAAACCUCAAAAAACUAAAAAACCUAUCUAAUUUUUUAUAA